UACAGAAGGACGAAGGUGGGGCAAAAAUGUCACGAGGACGCGCAGCGUCCGAGUGACAUUUUUGACCCGCCUUCGUCCUUCUUUACAUAACCAAUUAAAACCUAUUGUUUAAGUCACAUGUAUCAGAGCAACCAAAAAUCAUAUAGCACGCGCAAAGAGAAAUUUUGGAUCUUCAUUUCCCGCUUAGAAGUCGACAAGAAAGGACGACAUAUCAAAAGAAAUGGAAGUAGACGACACAUGCGAGGGUUUUUUUGAUUUGGGUGGGCUAUGGGACACCACAAUUGACGAUAUUACUCUUUCGCAAGCAAGUGAGCAGAUAGAGAAGGAGAUUGAGUGCGAAAAUUUGUUGGAGAACAUAACGUUGUCUCAAGCGAUCGACUUGUACAAUCCCGGACCUGCCGACAAGGAAUCGGACUACUUUGUGGAUUUUGACCUCCUUGCGAAAAAAGAGGGAGGAUCUAGCAUGCCGGUGGGUCGCUAUGAACAUUUUGUAAAUGAUAAAGACUUGAAAGAUUUGCUCAAUUCGACAGAAAACAAAAACACGCGGAAGAACACAAAUUGGUCGGUAACUACAUUCAACGACUGGCGCUCCGCUCGGAUGAUGAUGACAGGGGACCAGAUCCCGGAUAUUCUGGCCUUCUCAGCAGAGGAGCUUAAUUUUUGGCUAUCAAGGUUUGUUGUUGAAACGCGACGCAAGGAUGGCAAGGCCUACCCUCCUAAAACACUUUACAUGCUUUGUACUGGACUUUUAAGACAUCUUCGAGAAAACGGAGUGCAUUUUAAUUUUCUUGAUGAGAAGAAUUCCCAGUUUUACGAAUUCCGGAAAACUCUAAGCGCGCGGAUGGCAGAACUUACCGCACAAGGCGUGGGGACAUCUACUAGGCAGGCCGAGCCAAUUUCUGAAGAGGCAGAGAAUAUUCUGUGGGAGAAGGGUCUCCUCGGUAACAGUACAGGAGAAUCAAUGCUAAACACCCUGUUUUUCUACAAUUGCAAGCUCUUUGGUUUGAGAGCUGUUGACGAACACAAAACAUUAUCCGUAGACCAGUUUGAGCUGGGUCAAGACCAGAAGGGCAAGUUUAUAAAUUUUACAGGAAGGGCAAACAAGACCUAUAAAGGUGGAUUGUAUCAAAGACACGUGAGCGCAAAAUCUAUAAGGCAUCAUUUCCAGGGCGAAAAAGUCUUCAAUAUCUACAAGGAAUACUUCGAUCUGGUGGUGGUUAAUUCAGAAAAUAACCGAUUUUACCGGCGACCACUGGCAAACGGAGAAAACAACGAAGUCCGUUUCAGUGUACAGCCUAUUGGAGUCAACAAAUUAUCUACAAUUAUGAAAAAUAUGUGUGACAAAGCCGGAAUUCCCGGAUUCUUCUCUAAUCAUUCGGGUAAGCGCACCUGUGCAACCGCUCUUUACCAAGCCGGGGUUCCGGAACAGGAAAUCAUGGAACGCACAGGACAUAGAUCCAUCGAGAGUGUCCGUAAAUAUAAGCGUCCGAGUGAAGAGAUGCUGCGUGAUAUUUCCAAUGCAUUGGAGCCAAAUGAACCAGUCAGCAAAAAGGCCAAAAUCUUGGAUGGAAUUGAAAAUCCGAAGUGUGGAGAUUGUAAAAACAUGUUCAAUAACUGUAAAGUAUAUUUCAACCUUUGAAAGAGUCUUAAGUGUUGAGUAUUUUUUAUUUGUUAAAUGCCGUGUGUGAACUAGUUAUGUUUACCCAUACAGCCUGAGAGGCGAAAAACGCACUAGAUUUCUUUGUCAUUUUUUGUUGAAUAAAAUUGAUGUCAAUUUGCAAUGAAAAAAAUUAUGCAAAUGAUGUGUUGCGUCAUGGUUUUAUUAGUGAAGUUUCACCACGCCUACUGGGUAUCAGUGGUUAUGUACAGAUACCCACAGUUAAGAUCAAAAGAAAUUUACCGCAGCUAU